UAAGAGUGUUGGAGCAGUGGGCGUGUGCAGUGAUAAUACAACUGGUUGGAUGAGUUUUCAGAUCUGAAUGAACACGCUGCAGCAGAGAGGCACGCUCACACAGAGAUCAUGGCAGCAGCGGAGUCGAGCCCUCUGACCACUCAUGUGCUGAACACUGGAGAUGGUGUCCCAGCAGCCAGGAUGGCUCUCAGCCUGCACCGACUUGACUCAGAGCUGAUGAUCUGGUCCAUGCUGAAUGUUGGGACAACAAACCAAGAUGGCCGCUGCCCAGGACUCAUCAGCCAACAAGCUUUCACUCCUGGCAUGUACAAACUGCGCUUUGAGACGGGUUCAUACUGGGAGAAUCUGGGUCAGACCUCAUUUUACCCAUACGUGGAGGUUGUGUUUACCAUCAGUGACCCUGAGCAGAGGUUCCACCUCCCCCUGCUGAUGAGUCGGUUCUCCUACAGCACCUACAGAGGAAGCUGAGAGCUCCGAGGACGACGAGCUGCAGGCAGAGCUCGACAGAGAUGGUUUCUGUUGUCUUGGAGUAGAUUUUAUGAGUCUGACUCAUCAGUCAUAUCUUGUUUGGUCCAGUUUUUGUUAGACUUGUUGACUGUUGAGUUUACUUAAGUAAUACUUGAGUAUAGAGUACAGUGUGUAUACACAGUAUAUAUAUACAUAAAUGUACAUUUGUUGUGGCAUUUUAAUGAUCAUGAUAACUGCAGACAACAUUUAAGUCUUCACUAAAGAUGAAGUGAAAUUGUUACUUACUGUAUAUUUAACAUAUAUAUAAUUUAGAUGUUAUUUGUAAUAAACCAAACCAAUAUGCAUCCAAACCUCUGACUUAUCUCUUUCUGUCAUCACAACACAUCACAACUCUUAUGGCAGCAGGUAAAAAGGCAAUAACUAGAGAACCUCCCACCUUGAACCAAUGGAAAAAUAUAAUAAAUAACAUAUACAGUAUGGAAGAUAAAAUUUAGUUUGAAAUUACAGAAGGAAAAGAGAAAAAAACACUGGGCUGAAUGGGUUACAUAU